AUGGUGAAAAAGUAUUAUUGUGAUUAUUGUGAUCGUUCCUUGACUGACAAUGCUGAAAACAGAAAAAAGCAUCUUGAGGAUGAUGGAUAUUGUCCAUACGGAUUGAGCUGUAAAUACUCUCAUGUUCCAAAGGGAAUCGAUUUUACGCGCAUUGAUCCAUAUUAUUACUUGGCACUUAACCCACAUAUCUUACAAUCGAAUAAAUUUACCACACGAGAGCAAUGGAAGCAGCCAACUGUUCAAACUUACAAGUAUAAAUUGCCACCGGGGUUGACAAAAGAUCUGCCGCCUUCCUUAAGACCACCUCCGCCAAUUGGUUACGAUUUUUUUAAUGCUGCACAAUGGGGCUAG